AUGCAGUGGUCUUUAUCACAACUUAUCUUUUCCAUCUUUCUUUUUACUAUUGUCAAUGCCCAUAAUGUUUUACUACCACCAUAUGGUCGUCGUUGUUUCUUUGAAGAAUUAAAUAAAGGUGAUGAAUUAGCCAUUUCUUAUCAAUUUGGUAACAGGGAUCCACAACAUAACACUCAAUUGACUGGUGACUUUAUUGUGUUAGGGCCUGAAAGAAACGAAAUAUUAAAAACUGAAAGGGAUGUGUCUCACGGUGAUUUCUCAAUGAUUAUUCCAUAUAAGGGGAAAUACCAAUACUGUUUUGUUAAUGAAAAUUCAGGAAUUAACACUAAGGACGUAACCUUCAAUAUUCACGGUGUGGUUUACGUUGAUCCAAACGAUAUUAAUGCUAACACCCUUGAUGGUGCUGUUAGAUCCUUAAAUAAUUUGGUUCAUGCUGUUAAGGCAGAACAAAGUUAUAUUGUUAUUAGAGAAAGAACACAUAGAAACACUGCUGAAUCUACUAAUGAUCGUGUUAAAUGGUGGUCUAUAUUCCAAGUUGUCGUUGUUAUUGCCAACUCUCUUUUCCAAGUUUACUAUUUGAAGAGAUUUUUCGAAGUUACUUCGUAUGUUUGA